CGGUGAAUCCAUCCAACCAUCCGUGCAAAAUAUGAAAUAAAAAUUCUCAGGGCACUUUGAAUAGAAAAGCCAGGGCAAUAACAUAGGAUAUAGCGCACACACCCCAUAUCUGCUCUCUUCUAACAAGAGGAGAAAAAACUCGCAUGGUUCUUAAGCAGAGGGACAGAGACAGAGAAGGAGAAAGGAGAUAACUUUUCAAUCUGAGAAGACAGAGAGGAAGAGAGAGAAGGCGAGGGAGGAAAUGAAGAUAUCCACAAAACCCAUAUCGAGUCCUGGUCGGACUGAGAAGUUCCCGCCGCCAUUGAUGAGGUUUCUGAGGACCAAUGUGGGAAGCAAAAGCAGGGGCAGGUCACGUUCUAGCCCAAUGUUUGUUCGUAAAAAGAACGCUGCCAUUGAAACCCAAGAACCUUCUUCACCCAAAGUUACAUGCAUGGGCCAAGUCAGGGUCAGGCGCUCCUCCAAACAGGCUGCCAGCGCCAGACCCGGUCGGGCCAGCGGGGUCCGAACCCCGAGGAAACGCCGGUGCAAAUGGCUCAGAAAUGCCCUGUUCUGCCACCAUCUCGCUCGGAAGAUCAAGCCCAAGUCGUGUCGACCAGCCUGGCGCAAGUGGGUCUCGUUCUUCAAAGCGGGUUUCCGAAGAAAAACCGAAAGUCGAGAAUACUCGUCGAAGGUUGAACAAAAAAUUGGGAAUAAAAGCGAGCCUUCGGAGCAAGAGGAUGAAGAAGAGGAAGAAGAUGAAAAAGAAGUAGCUAAGGUCUUUGUGCCUAGUUCUUCUUCACCGCCAAAGAACGCUUUGUUAUUGACUCGGUGUAGAUCUGCUCCUUACAGAUCGUCAUCUUUAGCGUGGAGAUUCUGGGGUUCACCGCUGAGGACGGAAGAAACAGAACAGAGUGUAGAGCAGGAAAACACAGAGGAACAGACGGAGACUGAGAAACCCCCAGCGGAAAGAGAGUCAAUCUCUGAUGAAGAAUCCGGAAUAGGUCCUGAAAUGGAAGGAAAGUUGGAGUUUUUCAAAGAAUUUGAAGGUGCAAUUAGAGAAGGAUUCAUCAAAUCUGUUUGUGUAGAAGAACUGAAAGCAGGGGAAGCAGCAGACUGUGUACGACCUCUGAUACUCACAAGAUGUAAAUCAGAACCGGCAAGAACCGCAGAGAAGCUGUAUUCAGAAAUGAAUUUCUGGGAAAACAGAAGGACUAACUGCAGCAGUUCACAGGGAUUUUCUUCUUUGUAAGUCCUGGAGAGAAUGUACAACAAUCAACUUAAACUGAUGAAUCGUACAACAAUCAACUUAAACUGAAGCCAUUGGAUUCAUCAUAUGCACAUGCAUACCUUGUUCUAGGAUUUAAGCUUUGGGGGUAGUUCCAUCAUAAUUAAAAGUGGGACUCGCAGAGGGCACAGUCCUGGCCCUUGGAGGAAGUUUCGGGCACAUGCUAUCUGUACAUAUACGGAUUUUGGAAUACUUUUUUUUUUUUUUUUUUUUUGUUGAAAUAGGAUUUUGGAAUCCUAUGGCUACUGAGUGUGGAGUCAAAACUUACAGUGGAUUUUCAACUGCUUGAUAGAGUGAAGGACAUGGAUUUAACAAGAGUUCCGGGAGUAACACCACUCUCUGUGGAAUUCACUAGACUUAUAGAAACCUCAAAAUACUUGAUACUUUUAU